CAACACCACCUCGAGGACAACAUCUAUUGCAGUCAUUGACAGUCAAAAUGCGUUUCAUCAUAUCCGCCAUGUUGUUGCUGUCCGCCAUUUUGUCGUGCGCGACGCAGGCGCAGUACCCGCGGCCCCGUCGCCCAGAGCGCUUCGAUACCGCUGAACAGAUCUCCAACUAUCUCAAGGAAUUACAGGAGUAUUAUUCCGUGCAUGGGAGAGGAAGAUACGGCAAGCGACAAAUGCAUAUAGCUGAUGCUUCCGUGAUCUUCAGAGAGAGUCCAUUCUUCGAACACAACCUCAAUGACGAACCUGUUUUCAAAAACCUUGGCUAUAAGUAAAUACAAUACCUAAUAAAAUAAAUAUGUAUAAACAAUACGUUACAACACAAUAAUCCAGGAAAAAAUACUUAUUUGUCAAUACUUAUUGUAUUUAUUUACUUAAAUUAUUUAGCUAAUUUAUUAUUGUGAGGCAUAGAAGUCAAUUUGUCAUUAUUAUUGCAAUAAUUUUGUUUGUAAAAUAACCUUCAUCAAACAGUUAUAGAAACACAAAUACUAUAACAUAUUGGAAAGAACAUGAAACUGUUUAUUAUUCAUGAAAUCGUGUGAUGAGUUAAUUUUUUUAAAUAGAAUUGGAAUGAGCGAUUUUCUCGUUUAAAAUUGCUACCUCUUUAGCAAAAAGCAUUGUAAAAUUAUCUCAGAAUUCAAAGGUAUUUACUUUAAAAAUAAUAAAUUGUUUAAUCAUCUCAAUACAUCACAAAAUUAUCCGGUCUGUGCAUAUAUACCUCUACUUUCCAAUUAUACCUACUUAUAAAGGAAUAAAUUGCAAGCCAGAAGCUAUUCUGUUAAUUUAUAAAAAAAUACGAUUUCCAAAAACGAAUCUAGUCAAAUGCAAAACCUGUAUAGUCAGCUAUCUAGUCAAUUAAAAUUAUUUCCAGCUUUUUUAUUAACAAAAUAGAUAUGCCAAAAUAAUAAUCAUAAAAAUAGUUAACAAGCUGGGUGUACAACUAUUUUUAUGAUUUACAUAAAUAUU